UGAAAGUAUUAAUUCGUUCCCCUUUAUAUCUGGAACGUGCAAAGGGGAUUUUGAGCGGUUUCUGAGUGUGGGUUCCUCAUGCGGCACGCAUCGAGAGCGACCCUGGCUGAUGUCGUACCCGUGCUGGUCACCACCGCUGUUGCCACCGUCGUCGUCAUCGUCGUCACUGCCGCUCACUGCCAGUCUUCUGCUUACCGCCUUCUCAGUACGGUCGAUCGUAUUGCGACUUAAUACGUGGUGGAGACUCGCACAUGCGAGGAAUUUGCCAAUGUGCCGAUAGAACGAGCAACGAGACUUCGAUGUGACCCUCCGUUUCUUCGACUGUCUGCAAAACUGUCGAUAGCCGUUCUGCAGGGAAGCAGGAGUUACAUAAAAGAUCCAUCCUGUUUGAAUUAUGAAACUACUUGCGGGCGUAGAGGAGGUUAGCGACCACUGUGAAAAAGAGUCUAAUAAUGAUCAACGGCGCAACAAUAAUAGUCAUGAAAAGCAAUCUGAAUUGGCUCAAGAAGCAAGCAAGCCGCUUGUCAAUAAGGCAUGCGACGACUCGACAGCCAAGGAAAAAGUUAUACCGGAGGAAGAGAAAGAUAUGAGACGGUUGCUCCGGUUCGAAGAGGCGCCAGAAUUUCUUCAAUAUAAUCCUUACAUACGGCGUGGCUACCGAAGCUGCUUGACUACCAAACUAUGCCUCGAAAGCAUAUUUUGGUGGACAAACGAGACCGUGAACAUAUGGAGCCACAUCUUUGGCUGGAUGCUUUUCUUUGGUCUGACUCUAUACGAUCUCUGUCUGUUAAAUAUUCACGCGCCGUUCAGUGACAAAUUGAUCGUGUCCCUGUUACUUCUUUGUUUUCAGAUAUGUAUGAUCCUUUCGUCCGUAUAUCACACGUUUUCGUGUCGAAGCGAAAAGGAUUACUGGUGCUUCCUAUCUUUCGACUUGUUCGGUAUUGCUCUGAGCAUGUUAUCGAUCUACUUGUCUGGUGUCUAUUAUGCUUUCUGGUGUCACAAGGAAUUACAAUGGUUCUACCUGAUAACUGUGUUCGCAAUCUUCAUUUUCGCGAUGAUACUGCAGAUACCGAGCCUGAACAUCAAUGGUAAUAUUAAGCUAGCUGUGUUUGUGUGCUGGGCGAUUUAUGGAGUGCUGCCAACGCUGCAUUGGACCAUCGCGAUGGGCGGCUUCGAUAAUCCGAUCGUUAAGUUGCUGAUUCCGAGAGUGAUAGGAAUGUACAUUAUUAACGCGAUAGCAUUUGCGUUCUAUAUGUUCAAGAUACCCGAACGAUUUUGCCCGGGCUGGGUAGACUAUGUCGGUUCGUCGCAUCAAUGGUGGCACGCAUUGGUGGUGCUAGCUCUGUAUUACUGGCAUAACAGCGGAAUGCUUUAUGUGGAAUACAGAAUGAAUCAUGGAUGUCCAAGCAGUAGGCCAUUAUGACAUACGGAUUUCGAUGGCCAGCCAGCAUCCGUUCUCGCCAUGGAUUGUGCUUGCAUAAUGAAGGCUUGGUCGUCUCUGAUUGCGGAACCGCCGUUUUACGGUAUCUUAAAGAACACAUCUUGUGAGAUACAAAAUCCAUUGCGAGUAUAUGCGUAUCGAUAGUUUGAAAAUUUAUUAGGAAAUAUAGAUUACAAUUUUUAAGUAGAAAAAGAUAUUUGCUGAGGAUAAUUAUUUACAACGUUCUGCAGCUCUAUUUAUAUGCAUUCCAUAUCAUUAUUUAUAUUUGUUUCGUUGUUAAAUAAUUUUAUCCUUCACUUUUAUCAUUAUAUGAAGGAUAAACAAUUUUAUUUGCUUCACGCCUGCGUUCUUUUUUUAAAUCCUUAAUCUUAGCAGGAUUAAAGAUAAGUCAAUAUUAAUUAAUUAAUCAGUGUUAUUAAAAAUAUUCUUUAAAAUUACAAUUAAAUUCCAAAUAAAAAAUAUAUUUAAUGGUAUAAAUAUAAAUCUUUUAUAUUAGACUUUUUAUAUAAAAAAAUUUUAACUUACUGGAUUUAUUAAAAGAUUUAUAACAAAAAUAAAUCUUUAAAAAUUAUAACAAUGAAGGGAUGAAAUUUUGUAGCCAAUUCCUGCUGCGAUUAAGUCUUAAUUUUUAUAUAAGUCUUAAUUUUUAUCUUUGAAACACAUUUUUGUUAAAAUUAUUAUUUAUCCUUAUACAUUAUUUAUCUUCAUACAUUUCAAGGAAACUGGAACGUUUCAAAUUGUUCGAUAUGAAUUAAUAAUAAUUUAGCGUUUUUCUGACAUUUUUUUAUAAAUAUUUUAAGAAUAAUGUUAGAAAAAUAUUGGGGCAUGGAUUUGACAUGUUUUUCUGACGCGAAAAAGAAUCUUUCUCCUUCAUUAUACGAGAAUUCACUGAUAUUGAACGCGCGUAGCAUAUUUCGUAAGAAAAUAUCAGCGAGUGAUUAUUAAUAUGUGUAGAGAAUGACAUUGAUGAUCGCUUUUGCAAUGCCAAACUCGGGAUGUUAUGCAAUUUCGUAAAUCAUCAAACUUUCGACACAUAUUUACGCGUAUAAUUCGCACAUUUUUCAACUCGCAUGCAAACAGGACAGAUGUGCUAAGUAAGCAUAACGAUAUUAAACACAAUAUAUAUAUUCUAUCUGACUGAUUUCAAUAAGAAUUCCAUGUUUUGGGGGUAGCCUUUUUACAAUAUUAUAUAAGUUUUUAUAGAUGAUAACGAAAUGUACUGAUAAUGAACUAUAAUGUUGAAACAAUGUUGUUCCCUGAAUUGUUGAAAAUAAGAAAAAUAAAUAUUUUAUUUAUAAA